AUGUCGCUGUGCCCUGCUGCCAGCAUCUCUGAGGGGUUUUAUUCAUGGGCACCUCCCACUGUUUUCUCUCCAAUUAACGCUGCCAUCAUCCCCGGUGAAGACAGUCUGCCCCAAGCUGGAGAGCCAUGUAUCCCCUCACAGGUCCAAGGGUUGGAGAAGCAAGUGGAGUUUUCAGACCUGGGCCCGGUGAUGAAGACUCUUCCAUAUGGCACAGUAGGAGGAACGACAGGAGGAGUGGUUAAGUCUCCCUACCAAACGCGCAUCUUCUCCACUUCCAUCGACCAGACACCGAUGAAAUCCAAGCCACCCACCUACAGUUUCUUUAACCCACACGACUCGACCCGGAACCAGUCCCUGCUCCCGGACCAGACAGGCUACCGCUCUAAGCGCAAGCCCUCACUAAAGACAGCCAUGAAGACCAAGAAGAUCUUUGGAUGGGGAGACUUCUACUUCAACGUCAAGACCAUGAAGUUCAGCUUGUUGGUGACAGGGAAAAUUGUGGACCACGUCAACGGGACGUUCACUGUUUUCUUCCGCCACAACUCGUCAAGCCUGGGGAACGUGUCGGUCAGUAUUGUACCACCAAAUAAAGUGGUGGAGUUUGAGGUGCUUCAGCCGCAGCAGCUGCACCCCCACACCCAGCAAGAUGUCCAAAUCCAGGAGACCCACCAGUCCACCAUCGACCCCAAAGAGACAAAGACCUUUAACUGUCGGGUGGAGUAUGAGAAAACCAACAAAUCCAAGAAGCCCAAACCCUGCCUGUACGAUCCAGCUCAGACCUGCUUCACAGAGCACACCCAGUCCCACGCUGCUUGGCUCUGUGCCAAACCCUUCAAGGUGAUCUGCAUCUUCAUCUCUUUCUUUAGUAUCGAUUACAAGCUGGUUCAAAAAGUGUGUCCGGACUACAACUUCCAAAGUGAGCAUCCUUACUUUGGAUAAGUGAGUGAGACUGAACUAAAAAGAGAACAAGAGACAAUGUUAAUGACAACGACAAUAAUGAUAAUGAUGAUGAUGGAUAUGAUAGUCAUAUUGAUUACUAUGAAGAAGCAGGGGACAGUUUUUGCCUCUAAACUGCUGUGAAUUGUGGAUUUAAAUAAAGUAUAAUCAGAGGUAUGGAUGAUUAGGAUAUGGAUGACUUCUCUGACUUAUUUUCCAACUUUGUAUUUGCUAACUUCUGUUUUUAUUUGAUUUUUUUUCUGUAAAUAAUGUACUCAACCUCAGCACACUUACUGUUUUUAGAUAUUUGUUUCUCAGUGUUAUUACUUUUUUGCAUUUAGAGAAUUUGGUUGAAAACAGUAUUAUGCCCCCCAAGUACAAUGGGAGCCUCUGAGGUGGCUGUGCUGUGCCAUCUCUGAAUGGCAGACGUAAUGUUAUGGUAGACUGACUGUUAAUCAUCCUCUCAGCUCUACGUUUCAAUCCCUGGAUAUAAGAGAGUUAUAUGUAUGAGAAAUGCUAUGCUGGA